AUGAAUAAAAUCAGCAGCAAGUUGGUAAAACCACACACCCCAACCCCUCAAAACCUCAAGAAUUACAAGUUGUCGUUUAUAGAUGAGCUUGUUCGCCCAAUUAAUAACGCUGUUGUUCUGUUUUACGAAUCGAUAGCAGAAGAUGCCGGCAGCCAUAUCUUGGAAGCAUCACUGGCCAGAAUCCUGGUUGAAUUCUAUCCUCUUGCAGGAAGAUUUAUGAAGAAGGAUAGUUGGAUUGAUUGCAGCGAUGAGGGAGCGGAGCUCGUGGAAGCAGAGGCUCUAGACGUCGAGCUGAUGGACCUCGGCCCAGAAAUGGAGAUCCAUGAGCUCCGCGACCUCCUCCCAGACCAACAUUUCCGACGCGACGAAGCUCCUGAAAAUCCACUCCUCUCGAUCCAGAUCACACGUUUCUCGUGUGGCGGGGCCGCGAUCGCCAUCAGCGUGUCCCACAAGGUCUUGGACGGGUCGUCGCUGUGGACGUUCGUGGUCGCCUGGUCGGACGCCGCCAAUCCGUAUCAUGAUAAGAAGGUAAACCCGACUUUCCAUCUCUCCUCGUUGCUUCCGUCCGUGAGCAAGCAGGCCCCUGAUUUUGGGGAACAGCGUGUGGGCGCGGAUCACAACGUUGCUUUGAAGAGGGUUUUGUUCAACAAGGAGACUUUAAGGAGCCUAAAAUUAAGAAUAAGACAUACCGAUGGAAAAGCCUUAUCUGGAGUGCGUGUUGUGUGUGCCGUCAUAGCCAAAGCCCUAAUCCGGGUGGAUGGCGCCAUCCACGGCAGAAGCAGAAGGUCCGUCAUAUUGCAAGCGGUGGACAUGCGGGAGAGAUCAAUCCCACCUCAGUCCAGACACGCUUGUGGGAAUUUCGCGGUGCCAGCAAUGACGAGAUGCAUACAAGCCGGCGCUGACGUUGGUGUUGAUCAACUUGUUCUUCUAAUGGGAGAGUCUGUUCGAAAUGCCAUAACUCGUCAUGCCGAGAUUCUGUCUCCUGAUGUGGAUGGACGCCAUAUCUACACAGAUACUAUGGAAAGAUUGAUACAACAUGUGAGCCAACCUGAAACCAAUAUUAUAAAUUUCACUGAUUGUAGUGGGUUUCAAUUUCACGACUGUGAUUUCGGAUGGGGGACGCCUCUUUGGACGCGCAUUCACAUUAAUGGGCCGUCGGGUAACAACUUUGUGUUGCUCAUGAGCGACAAAGAGGGACAUGGGAUUGAGGCGUGGAUUCAUUUGAGCCAACAUGAGAUGCUUUACUUUGACGAAAACUAUUUGUUUCUCAAAGAAUAUCAACCCAAAUUAUGA